CGGUCUGGAGGUCUGGGCGAUUUGCAAAGCAGAAGUCACUCGAAAGGGAUUAGCAAGCUAGCUUGCUAGCAAAUUAAAUCUCUUUAGAUGUUGGAAACUGGCGCUAAAUUAGCUUCUUUGGACAGCGUUGACACAUCGAGCGUGUAAUAGAGCUGUAACACUAGCUGUUGCCAUGGCAAUCCUGUUUGCUGUGGUGGCUCGUGGAACCACCAUCCUGGCAAAGCACGCAUGGUGUGGCGGCAACUUCCUGGAAGUGACUGAACAGAUUUUAGCCAAAAUCCCAUCUGAGAAUAACAAAUUGACCUACAGCCACGGCAGCUAUCUCUUUCAUUACAUCUGCCAUGACAGAAUCAUAUACCUGUGUAUCACUGAUGAUGACUUUGAGAGAUCACGGGCAUUCAGCUUCCUCAGUGAAGUCAAGAAGCGCUUCCAGACAACGUACGGGUCGAGAGCACAAACUGCCCUGCCUUACGCCAUGAACAGUGAGUUCUCCUCAACACUGGCAGCUCAGAUGAAACACCACUCCGACCAACGAGGAUCAGAUCGUGUCACUGAGACUCAGAUGCAGGUGGAUGACCUGAAGGGCAUUAUGGUCCGCAACAUAGACUUGGUAGCUCAGAGAGGAGAGAAGCUGGAGUUGCUGAUUGACAAGACAGAAAAUCUGGUUGAUUCAUCGGUCACAUUUAAGACCACAAGUCGUAACCUGGCUCGAGCCAUGUGUAUGAAGAACAUCAAGCUGACUGUUGUCAUUGUGCUGGUGUGCCUGGUGAUCCUUUACAUAAUCGUUUCUGCUGCCUGCGGAGGCCUCAGCUGGCCCACUUGUGUCAAAUGAGAGGCGAGUGGGAAUAAAAGAGAAGGAGAUAAAGGAAAAAAAGGAAGAGGGGGAGAAGCGCCUGUUCAACUCUGCCUGCCAGUGGACACAAAAGGAAACACAACUUUCCUUCCUCUACUCCUCUAGCUUCAACAUCCCCGGAAGACACACGUUGCAGCUUCUCCUCCUGCCUCCUCCCUCGCCCCCCCUCUUUGAUAGUGUGCACAUUCACUUGCCUUCUGGACAGGGAGUCCCACCUCAUACCACCACUAAUGGACAGCAGCCAUGUGGCCUAAAACUGAUGUAGAACAAUAAUCUUGUUUUAUAGUAGUCCGUUACAUCCAUCCUGUCUCAUGCACGUAGUGGCCUGAUGUAUGAGUUUGUGAUACUGUCCCAUUUAUUUAUUGAAUCCAUUCAGAAUGAUAACAGAAUGGAGCACAAAGAUAGCAAUGAUUGCUUUGUUACUGUCCUUUCCUUUGUCCUAAUUUCCUUUGAUGUCAACAGAGGUAUGUGAGACCUGCAAGUAUAGGUAGCAUGUUGCAGAUCUAUUAAGAAGGAAUACCACAAUACUGAUGCAGUAUACAGUAUGUCUCAAUUGGCAAGUGUCUAACGAACCAUUUUGGCGGUGUGUCAUGAAUGCCCCUUUUUGCUGAGAAACAGAUUCCCUUCAUCGUUUAUCACCAAGCAGAGUAGUAUAUUCUAAAAUGGAUGUUGUAAAAUACCAGAUAUGAUCAUACAAAUAAAUAUUGUAAAUUUGAUUGAUAUUACCGACUGAAAAGAUGUAAUGGUUCUUUUGAAUGCAGCUUGGUUUUUGAGGAAAUCCUUAUCUCUUUAACACUUUAGUAGGAGGCCAUCUUUCACCUUUUACCUCUGCUAGGAUGUUCAGUGAGCUCAUAUGUUCUUUUUGUUAACACAAUGCACUUUUUACACUGUACAUACAUUUGCUUCCUGGCAUCAUAUGAUUUAUAAUCAUGUAAUUAUUGUACAUCCAGAUUUGAAAUAAUAAAAUCUGAUGUAUCAAGUGGUUGAUCUCUUCAGAUGGAAAACAAUA